GUUCAAAGUCUCGCUCCAUGGAGUUUGCCCCCCAGAUUCUUGACCACCCCUCCAACCUCGUGGUGCGUAAGGACCAACCCGCCAACAUGAACUGUCGUGCCGAUGGGAACCCAGCUCCCGCCAUUGAAUGGUAUCGCAACGGAAAAUACGUGAAACCCAGCAAAGAUGACGCUACUGCCCAGCCUACCCUCCUCCCAGAUGGGUCCCUCUUCUUCCUCCGCCUCAGCCAGGAGAAGGGAAAAUCAGACGAGGGGGUGUACCAUUGCCUGGCCAGGAACCACCUGGGUAAAGCCAUGAGUAAGAAUGCAUCGCUCUAUUUAGAAGUCCUAGAAGAGGAAUUCCGGCUUCAUCCUAAUGACUUGAAGGUGACAAUUGGGGAACCAUGGUUGUUGCAGUGUGUGCCUCCACUGGGACAUCCUGAACCCAUCGUCUCAUGGAAGAAGAAUGGAGUGCCCAUAAGCCCAGAAAAUGGCCAUUAUGAGUUCUCCAAAGAAAAACUUCUGGUAGCCUAUGCUCAGAAGAGUGAUGCAGGAACAUAUACAUGUCUGGCUGUCAAUCAAGCAGGGGAGCAAGAGAGCAGAGCAGCCACAGUCACUAUCUUGGAAAGGCCAACAUUCAUUCGGAAACCCAGUGAUGUUGUAGCCAGUGUUGGCAGCAGCGUUCAGUUCAUUUGUGGAAUCCGUGGAGACCCAAAACUUGUUGUGCAGUGGUACAAAGAAGAUGGAGAUCUCCCUUCAGGGAGGUAUGAAGUAGACCAAGAAAAUGUCCUUCAGAUUCACCACCUGACAAUGUGUGAUACUGGGAAAUACAUCUGUGCUGCCUACAGCCACGGAGGGACUAUUUUUGCCAAGGCAUCUUUAACUGUGGAAGAUCCACUGGAUCCCAGGCAGAAGGACUGGAACAGGUCAAAAGAUGUUCCAAAGGAGCUGAUGGAUAUCAGAGUUUGUCUGGUAAAUGUGACCCUUGUCCCCUCUGCUCCAGCUGCCCAUCUGCAUUGGAAGGUUACCCCAACUUCCCAACCCAUAGAGGCUUACAAGGUGUUCUAUCGUUCUCUGCUGCCCGCGAAAGCACACUGGGCUGAAUGGGAUGUCCCAAGAGACCAGCAGACGAUUAUUCCUGGACUUGAAAGAGGUUACAAGUAUGAAUUCAAGGUGCGACCGUAUUGGGGGAAGAUCCAUGGGAUAGACAGCAACGUGAGACAACUGUACAUCCCAGAGGAAGUGCCAAGUGCUGCUCCACAAAUCAUCAGCAUCACUGUAUCCAGAGCUGGGAAUAGCACUGUGAUCAUUCACUGGGAACCCCCUCUCCCAGACACCCACAAUGGCAUUAUUAAGGCUUAUCAGAUCUGGUUCCUUGGCAAUGAAACUCAUCCAGGAUUUAACAGGACAGUAGAUGGAGACGCACAUAACCUGGAAACAACAGGACUCCCAAGUGGGCAUAAAUACUGUGUGAAGGUAGCCGCAGUCAAUGGAGCAGGUGUUGGAGUAGCCAGCAAUCCUGUAUGCGGUACUGCAGACCCCAUGGUGGAGAAGAUGGCAAAGACCGCAGACUUUCUGUCAGCUAACUACCUGCUGGAAGUCGUGCGUCAGCCUGUCUUUAUUGCCAGCGUUGGUUCGGCACUCUGGGUCAUGCUGAUGGUGCUGGCGGUUUACGUCUGCCAGCAACAAGCCAGGCAGUUCAGUGGAGGACGACGGUACGCCCUUGGAGAAGGACUGUACCGGAAUGCAAGCGAUGACACCAUCAUCAAACACAGGGUAGACUCCAGUGAUUCCCCUUGGCUUUCAAAUACAUGGAAAUCCACAUCUGGUUCCAAGAAUUAUAGUACCAGCAGCAGCCUCAGUAGCCAACUUCUAUGGAUGGAAUCCAAAGACAGCCAAGAACUCCACAAAUCUACGGUGUCCUUUGAUAGGCAGAGUCAAGGGUCACGAAUCCAGACUGUUCCUUUGGUGCCUGAUAGCAGCAACAGUAGCCCAUAUGGAGCUUUCCGCGUGAACCUUCCAGCAAAAGAUCUCAAGACCUUCUACACUUCUCUGCCAUACCUUUCCAACCCCAACCUACAAAGUAUGGCGUUAACACAAGCUGGUGAGCUCAUGUCUCACGGAAGUCAGAACCUGAGGACUGAUCGUGCCAGUGGCCAAGGAAGAACUCAACAAGGGCCAUGGAAGGCAGCUGGUUCUCUCUCCCCAAAUCGUAGCAUCAGAGGACCCUGGGCCAAAUAUGACAAAAAGGAGCUGCAACAGGUGCACAGCACACCCAUGUCCCCAUCGGGAUUCUCAGCAGAUUGGAGCAACGCUAGUAGCCCAAGAAGUGUUGUUAGUUCUGGAAAGCAUCCAAGAGUCCAUGGGAGGGCAAAAAAGGUGCUAAAAACCCACAGCUCUUCCAAGUUCUCGCUGUGCAGUUCACAAAACGGCACUUCACUGCCACCGCCUCCUCCUGUCCCACCCGGUUUCCAAGCUGUCCAAGAUUCCAGCACCAAGCAAGAGUGCUCCUGUACAUGCUAUCUUGAUCCUCCAGAGGACUUCAUGAAUCAGCAGCUGGACAAGGAUUCUGUGAAGACGAUCCAAGAGUCUCCAGAUGAAAACCAAUCCUUCCCCACCUUGCCUUACAACCAGCUUUCUGGAGUUUCAGUCCCCGUAUCUCUCAGCGAUGACCAGGAAACAGUUCUUACCCCAGAAGAGGUAGCAGAAUACCUAGAACUCAGCACAGAAACUGAUUGUCAAAGGGAGCCAGAUGACAGUGACUCAACUACUUCCCACAUCCUCUUUCCAUCCCAUAGCUAUGGCUAUAUCUGUGGUCCUCUGGCCAUUGAGCUGCUGGAAAACGAGGCGCUGGAGGAAGAUGAGGAUCCCAACAUGGUGGAAGGUCCCUGUUCGUCCACCAAAUUCUUCCACAGUUCCUGUCAAACUCCAUCAUCCAGCCUGAGUGAAGACGAGGCCUCUCUAGGGGGAUCUCUGGUGAAUGGCUGGGGAUCUGUUUCAGAGGACAAUGGCACCAGCACUCGCUGCAGCCUGGUCAGCUCUUCAGACGGUUCCUUCCUCUUAGAUGCCAAUUUUGCUCAAGCCCUGGCAGUGGCAGUGGACAGUUUCUGCUUUGGGCUGACCAAGAAGGAAGCUGACAGACCUUUGACAGGUUUUUUGCCUCCUGUAUCUCCUCUGGAUGGCCUCCUGCAUCCCCAGGCUCCCAUGAAGAGCUCAGAAGACGUGCAACAGAGGCUCGGAUCACAGCCCCUUCCUGUGUGGGAAUGGAGCACUGAUUGGGUGGAGGAGAUGGAAACCAAGUAUAUGCAACCAGCUGAGAACUGGGAGGCUUCUGUUAAGCCAGGAAAAGGCAGGAUAGCUGCACCAGAAGAAGCCCAGCUGGUCCCUACUUCUAUCCAACAGGGAAUGAAUGACAAGUGUUGUUGCUCCAAAGUGGAGGGCAACCUACCAGGAAUGCUAAAGCAGUAGCUUUCCUGCUUUGGCUGGAGUUUGGUGUUUGGGAUGGGGUGAAUUUUGGAUUCUUUUUCAGUGCUAGGAGUCUAAUUCAGGAAAGCUGCGGUCCUUGCCAAUCAUCUGUAGAAACAGACAACUCGCCUACUUUCAUCUUUUUAGAGAAGGAAGAUGCUUAUGUUCUUUCCAUCCUAU